GCAAAGAGUAAGAGGGGCUAGAAAGGAGAGGAACGACCACAGAAAGGCUUGGGUAGAUAGCAUUACUGAGAGAACUGAGUUUAACCACUGCCAUGGAGUUCACAAGGCAUUACCUUCCAAUGGAGUGGGAAGAGCGGUGGAGGAGAGAGAAGGAGAGGAGGAGAAGACUGAUUGAAGACGGAGGAGAAGGGGCAGAGCAGGUCAACCAUGAACUGAGGAGGAUCGUGGCCUUCAAUGACGCCAGGAUGGGACUGAUGGGUGGGAAGGGGGAGAGAGAGGGGGCAGAGAUCAAGAAGGACAACAGUGGGACAACAGGCCAGUUGGGAAAAAGAGAAUAUAAGAAAGGAGAGGCAUCUGAGGAUAAGAAUGAGGACCUGAACACUGAAGUCCGCACAAGCCAAACAUAUCCCAAAGAGAUUUUCAAAGCCUUGAAGGAAUUCCAAGACUUGUCUGUCCUGACUGAUCUGACUCUGAACACAGAGCAAGGGAAGAGCUUCCAUGUGCACUCCCCUGUCCUGGCUGGGGUCAGCUCCCUCAUCUGGGAAAAAAUGAAAGACAAAGACAAAGAAAAGGAACGAAAUGGAGGAGGGAAAUAUAAUCAUAUGGAUGCAAAAGCACAGGGCUGGUCAGUGUGUCUGGGUCCAGAAAUAUCUCCUCUAGGGCUACAAGCCGUGCUGGAGUUUGCAUACACCGGAGCCAUAGCAACUCUUAACAGAGACACUGUGACCGAGAUACAGGCUGCAGCCUGCACACUGGGAGCCCCCAGAGCUCUGGAUCUCUGCGCUAAGGAAGAGGAGAGGAUGAAGGAGGGCGGAAAUCAUAAGAACAAAGAAAGGAAGAUCUCCACUGUAGAGCAAAUGAAGAUCAGCCUUGAGUCACUCAGGCGGCUAUGGACAGAAACAGUAGGCUGUGAUGUAAUUUUGGAUGUGGAUGGGGCCUCCUUCUGUGUCCAUAAAGUUAUUCUGGCUGCCAGCAGUGACUACUUCCGGGGCAUGUUCACCUGUGGGAUGAGAGAAUCCCAUCAGCCCCGUGUCACCCUCCCCUUCCUGUUGGCCUCUGAGCUGGAGGCUCUGAUUGGCUGCUCCUACAGUGGGACCCUCCACCUUAGCUGGGACUGUGUCUUUGAGAUCACCUGCACAGCACUCCAGCUUCAGUUCCAGCCCGCCCUCUCCCUUUGCCUUGACUUCAUGCAGCGCAAAAUGGAGGCGAGCUCCUGUUUAGAUGUGGCGUCUUUUGCCGAGGCUUAUGGGCUACCUGAGCUCCUCGAGGAGGCUGAUGACUUUGUGCUUAGGAACUUCCGAGAGGUGUCGACCACAGCUAAAUUCCCAGACCUACCAGCGGAGAAGCUCCUAGGCUACCUCCGCUGUGAUGGUCUGUGUGUGCCUUCGGAGUUGGCUGUGUUUAGAGCUGUGGUGUCCUGGGUGGAGACUGACCGCGAGGAGAGGAUCAGCCUGGCAGGCCUAUUGAUGACUGGCGUCCGCUUCCCCCUCAUGACCUUUCGAGAGUUCAGGGAGGUCAGGGCUAUUAACCUGCGCAUGGAGUGCAGCGGAAACAAAGAAGUGGAACUCUAUGGUUCGGCGCUCAAGGAGUUUGGAUUCAGCUCCCCCAAAACCGAGGACCAAUGCCGAGUGAGACGGCCCAAACAUGCCCUGGUUCUGGUUGGGGGUGACCAGCUGAACCCAGAUGUGGGACCGCGAGUACCAAGCAGGGAACUGUGGUUUGCCAACUCGCUUCGCAGCGGCACAGGGCUGAUAAAGGUGAUGGAGUGGAGGAGGCUGGGGGAAAUGCCCGACAAGCCAAGGUUCAGGCACGCGGUCGGGGUGCUGGGAGGAAGGCUCUACGUGGUUGGAGGAUGUGACUUCUACUCAAAGAAGGACACCAUGAAGUGUGCCUAUAGAUAUGACCCCAUGCAGGAUAGCUGGAAGAGACUUGCAGACAUGCAGGAGUUUAGAAGUAACUUCCCGCUGGUAGUACAAGAGGAGCGCCUUUAUGCUGUUGGGGGGGAUAAGGAGCUCAACACCAACGUAGACAGUGUGGAAGUCUACAACUCUGACUCUGACUGCUGGAGCUUCGCCAAACCACUGGACCAGGCUCUGAGUGGCCAAGCUAUCACAGUUGUCGAUGAUGGGAUCUUUGUCUCAGGAGGCUUCAACUGUAAGUAUGAGUGCUUGGUUUCCAUGUUCGUCUACCACCCGGAGACAGGAACCACCUACCUGGCGGACAUGUGCCAGGACCGGGCCCAGCACUGCAUGGAGGCCUUGCGUGGCCGUCUUUACGUGGCAGGUGGAGUGUGUAACCUGAGAAAGUUUUACACUGACCAGUUAGCUUGUGAGGUGUACGAUCCGGUGGUCGACUCCUGGAGCGCUUUCACGUCUCUUCCCAUCGCCCAUGUUGGGGCAGCCUCCGCUGUCCUGGAGGAAAAGAUCUACGUACUUGGGGGAUACUGCCAGGAGGACUACAGUGAGUCCGGACUGAUCCACCGUUAUGAUCCCAGCACCGGGCGAUGGGAAAACAUGGGCAGAAUGCCAGGGGCGAUUACUGACAUUCGAGCUUGUCUGCUGAGUUUGCCACAACACCUCAGACAAUGAUCAGUCAUCCUUAAAAUGGCCCUCACCUGACUGUGAUCUCCAAAUCAAUCACGUCAUAUGAAGAGAAACAGAAGUCCUCAUCAUCGUGUUUGAAAAGCACACAUAAUUCAUGCCUUUGACUGUAUAAAUGUUAAUUUCGAAAUCAAAUGUCUCCACUUAUUUCACUACGUGGGCUAAGUGUCACCUACAAGUCACCUACGCAUAUAUUUUUUGUUGGAGUAAUAGCACUCAACUUUCAAUGACGUUAAGUCGAGUCAAGUCAAGCCAAUUUUAUUUGUAUAGCCCAAUAUCACAAAUUACAAAUUUGCCUCAAGGGGCUUUACCGCAAUACAACAUCCUGUCCUUAGACCUUCGCAUCGGAUAAGGAACAACUCCCUAAAAAACCCUUUAACAGGGAGGGAAAAUAGGAAGAAACCUCAGGGAGAGCAACAGAGGAGGGAUCUCUCUCUCUCUCUCUCUCUCUCUCUCUCUCUCUCUCUCUCUCUCUCUCUCUCUCUCUCUCUC